CAAUGGGAGUGAGUGAGAGACAGAAUUUGGUUGGAAGUUGUAACUAAACCUACCUCUCUUGCUAUCUCUCCCCAACCAUGAUUAGCCACUAAACCAUAUUAUUAUUAAUUUACUUUUUCUCUUUACACAACUUCCCAAAUUUAAAAAAUUAGUGCUUUCUUUUUUCCAAUUAAAAUAGUGCUAAUGAUGUCCUGUCUCACUUGCUCUUUCACAAAAAAUUUGGAAAGAGAACACCUGUAGGAACUGUUUGUUUAGAUCAGAAAACAGACCUUAAACAGCCAACAACAGCCCAAGAAGGAGAGAAACGAGCGCUUCACGUACACAGACAGACACUAGUUUGUAUAGCAUUCAUAGAAGUGAAAAGCCCAGAAAGCAUUUUCGGUGUUGAGUAGAUAAUCAGGCUUGGUAAUGCAUUUUCCCAGGUGGGUUCUUUUGGUUUGUUUGAAUUUGAUGUUGAAAUGGGUCAAAGACGGUGGAAAAGAUCCAAGGAUUUUAUCUUUUUGUAGUGUUUAUUGGGUUUCUUGAGUGUGUAAAUUUGGGGUGUUUUUAGUUGGAGAAAGAUUGUUUUUUGAGUGGAUUUGGGAGGUUUGAGAAUGGAGUCAAGAAUGGAUCAGUAUGAGAUCAUGGAGCAGAUUGGCAGAGGGGCUUUUGGAGCAGCCAUUUUAGUCAAUCAUAAGCUGGAGAGAAAGAGGUAUGUAUUGAAGAAGAUUCGAUUAGCUCGACAAACUGAGCGUUGCAGAAGAUCUGCUCAUCAAGAGAUGGCUUUAAUUUCUAGAAUUCAGCACCCAUAUAUUGUUGAAUUCAAGGAGGCAUGGGUGGAGAAGGGUUGUUAUGUUUGCAUAGUUACUGGCUACUGUGAAGGUGGUGACAUGGCUGAACUCAUGAAGAAAUCAAAUGGGCAAUACUUCCCGGAAGAGAAACUAUUGAAGUGGUUUACUCAACUACUGUUGGCAGUGGAAUAUCUGCACUCCAACUUUGUUCUGCAUCGAGACCUUAAAUGCUCUAACAUUUUUCUCACAAAAGAUCAAGAUGUUCGUCUUGGGGAUUUUGGACUUGCUAAAACUUUGAAGGCUGAUGACUUGGCUUCUUCAGUAGUUGGGACUCCCAAUUACAUGUGCCCUGAACUUCUUGCUGAUAUUCCAUAUGGUUUCAAAUCCGAUAUUUGGUCGCUAGGUUGUUGUAUGUAUGAAAUGGCUGCUCACCGGCCUGCAUUUAAAGCUUUUGACAUGGCUGGAUUGAUUAGUAAGAUCAACAGAUCAUCAAUAGGUCCUUUGCCUUCUUGUUACUCUCCUUCCUUGAAAACACUUAUCAAGGGCAUGCUAAGAAAGAAUCCUGAACAUCGGCCAAGUGCAUCUGAAAUCCUAAAGCACCCUUAUCUACAGGCAUAUGUUGACCAAUAUCGCGUAUCCUUCACACAUGCUCCUGCCAACCAUCCUGAGAAACUUCUGACCACUCGAGAUUCUCGGAAGAAUAUGGCUGAAAGCCAAAGUAGUAACAGCUCAUGCAGUGAUAGAGAUAGUUUGCUGUCAACUGAAAGAAAUGUUCAGGCCGUGGUGUACAACUGUGAAAAAGGAACCAGUGAUGCAGACUUGGCUUCUGUUGAUGAUGAUUCUUCUUCUGGGCUGCUUCAUCCAGGUGAUGAACCACAUGGAUCCGACAUAUGCACCACGAAUGUUGAGGAUGCUGAGAUGAUUAAACCCUUCCCUGAUGAGCAGAGAUGUAAUUCUGAAGUCAAGCAGCCAAGGAUGAUAAGAAACAUCAUGAUGGCUCUUAAAGAAGGAAAAGCCAGAGAAAACAGUUCUCCCAUGAGGAACCGAACAAAGGUUGGUGGCAUAUGUACACAGAAAACUAAUAUUGAAGCACCUCCCAAAAUCCCCAGACCUAGUUCAGUUACACCAGGUUUAAAAGGAAACACAGAUAUGCCAUCUCCUGUCACAGCCAAGGCCGGCUCUGAAUCUGUCAAACGGCCUGCGAUGCAAUCUUUGAAGCAUCAGUUACCUGUUUCUGAUUCCACCCCUAAGACUAGACCAAGACAUGAGGUGAUCCCUCCUCUUCCUGUAAAGAAUAUUCCUGAAGAUGGAUUUCCUCUGAGGCCAAGACAAAAAACUCCUCCAAAUCUAGUGAGACGGUCAUCAUGCCCUGGAAGGAUGAAAAAUGUUGGACUUGAUGCUCCUGUUCCUGCAAGUAAUAAGAUUGUUCCAUCUGAGACUGCUGAAGAUCCCGAGAGGAGUCCUGAUUCAGGGCCUAAUGGCUGCAUGACACGUGUUUCUAGGGGAACUUUGCAGCAAACUCACAAGGCAUCUAAAGGAGCUCCUACGGAGAGCAGCAAUUCUGCAUCCUCUUCUGUGUCAAUCCAAGCAUUCGAGAUUUGUGAUGAUGCAACAACUCCAUUCAUUAAUUUAGCAGCGCAGAUAUUUUGGAAUCAGGAGCACACGACUGAGACUGGAAGUUUAGAAUCACGGCCAAGCUGUUCAGUCGGUUCCUCGUACUCUGACAUGCCUGAAAAUUCUUCUAGAGAGAAUCAUGGGUUUGAAAACAAACCUGUAGCGUGCUUAGUAGAAACACCAAAGCAGCAUGUCAGACACAAAUCUGAAGCGUGCUUAGUGGAAACACCAAAGGAGCAUGUCGGACAUCAAAGCAUGGAUAAGGCUGCUAAUAACAGCAAACUGAUUUCAACUGGAGAUUUGGAGAUUCCGUUUCGGCAUUCUGAAGAGCUGCUUCCUUCUAAAGAUGAAGCCUCAGUUAAGAGGUCAAGUGAUAGGCCUGAUGUUUCAACUCCAGCAAUCCACCCAUCUGCAUCCAGUGGUGAUGACAAGUUCAUGGUAAAGGAACUCCAACUUUCAGUACCUGAGAGCACUACUCUUGGUAUCUAUCCUGUGCCAUCCAGCCAAAAAAAUUUGCUGUCAGAUAUGGGAACGAUUCAGCAAAAUGUCAUUAUCGAAAAACCAACUGGUAAUCAUCUUCCACCAGCUUUCGAUGAUGUGAUUCACGUCAUUCGGCAUAGCAGCUUCCGAGUUGGAAGUGAUCAACCAGUGAUUGAUACAGUGGAUAGAAACUUAGAUGUGGGGAAGCUAAUAAAUGUGGUGACAGAUGAUGUUGAUAUUAAAAACCUAGCCACUACACCAAAAUCUCCUGGUUGCUCUGAGACUCCGAGUUUAAAAUCAAACCUCUCAGAUUAUGCAAACGCUAAAGAAGUGGACGUGAAAGCUCCGACCAAUCACUUCACUCCAGCUCCAAAGUUAGAUUCUUCAGAACCAGCAAUAAUGAAUUCUCCUGUAGCACAGGAGGAAGCCCCAACAACACCAGCAAAGGAAACUUUGGAUGUCAAAUCUUUCCGGCAGAGGGCAGAGGCACUAGAAGGGCUCCUAGAAUUGUCUGCAGAUUUGCUUCAGCAUAAUAGACUAGAAGAGCUUGCUGUUGUUCUAAAACCUUUCGGAAAAGAUAAGGUUUCUCCAAGGGAGACAGCAAUCUGGUUAGCUAAGAGUCUCAAAGGGAUGAUGCUUGAAGACUCAGGACGGAUGUCAUGAACAAUCAGCCAAAACCCUGCUGGUAGGAGCCUUUUUUUUUAAUUCCUUGCAUGUUCAUCGGGCUCCAAAGAUUUGGCAUUCUCCAAGUUCCACUAAAAGUUUUCUACAUAGAUUUAAUACAUGUUUUCAUCUUCUUUUUACUUGGAAUUCUUUCAGUGCAAUAUUUUGUACAUAGUGGCAACAAUAUAAACCCAAUAAUUUUUUGUUCCAGAAAAUUGUAAGGAUAUCUUUUGGAACAUCAUAUUGUUAUCCUGUUAGCGAGAUUAGAAGUACUGUUCCUUCUUGUAUCACCCGAAGGGAUAUUCUCAGAAGAAAUCUUGAGAAUGCUUUGUGCAGAUGUACUGUUACAUCCAUUCUCA